GUUAUAUCAAGAAAAAACAUGUAUAAUAAUGCAUGAAAUAUCAUGUUAUUUAUGACUAUUUUUACUAAUUAUUUGUACAUAUACAUACAUGAAAACAUCAUUGUAUGAUGAUCUUUUGUAAUCAAAGUAUUUAUAGUACAUACAUAUAUAUGUACAUAUAUUGAUUCAAGUUUAUUUCAAUUAUUAUGUUACUAUUUUAACCACUUAAUAUGGUGAUAACAAUUAUUCUAAAAUAGAAUUUUAUUUUUUAUUACAACUGAACUUAGUACCAUUAUCAUAUGUAUUGUUGGAUGUGGAAACAUCCAGUAAUGGUAAAGGCAGGUAAAGGGUAUCAUCAAUCGGACGUUCUCUAAGUCAAUGUAUCGUAAACGUAACAAAACCAAAUCCAGUUUGCCUUUUCAAAUGGCCUUAUAUAUAAAUCUUUGGUUAUUUCCAGUGUGGCUACUGAUUGUUAUUACAAACUUGGAUGUUAAAUAUGAUAGUUUAACAAAUAUUUAUAAAUUAAUAGGUCUAAUGGUAUUUUUAAUAUUGUUAAUAUCAGAAAUUCUAAAGUUAUAUUUGGGAUACAUUGGAAAUCUUGCUGGAAAGAUUCCAGAACUGGCUAGUUGUUGGUUCAUUUCACUACUGAUACAACUUCCUUUGGAAAUGUUUCUUCUUCUUGACCAUGAGCUGUUACCACAGUAUAGUGAAACAAUCAUAAAUUGUGUUAUGGUUUUUCUUCUUGUUGUUGAAAUUUUUACUGGUAUAAUUGCUCUUAAAAAUUUAGCAGAUUAUCGUGCUAAAACAUUUUAUUUGAUGCAACUGUAUAAUGGAUAUACGUGUAACAAAUAUGAAUUUAAACAUAAGUAGCUUUACUAUUGUUUUUUCUCCUAAUUAAACUUAAA